UUGAAGACUAUAUGAAUUCUGAACCUGCAAUUACUUUUAACUACUUUGCCAAAUCGCCGCCACUUUCAUAUCCAGCAGCGAGGAAAAUGGCGGUUGUGUGGUGUUAUACUUAUACCCUGCCAUCACAGAGCAAGAUGGCGCAUGGCAUCCACUGCUGCUCAAUGAAUAGGCGGAAGCCUGAGAAGCUACAAACCCAGGCACCAAAGCUGUUGAAGAUUGCGGUUAGCGCAGCGACGCAACUCCUAAGCCUCUUAUCUCCUCCUCACAAACACAGGCUGGAUGAAUUGACUGGUGAAGGUGGAAAUAUUGAACUCUCUGUUUCUGAUGUUGACGAUGUUCUAACGAUUAUUAAGGAUGAUUAUGAAAGAGAGUAUUUUGUUACAGGACUUUUCACUAGUGCAAUUUAUGCAGAAGAUUGCACCUUUGAAGAUCCAACUAUUAAAUUCCGUGGAAGGGACUUGUACUCACGCAACUUGAAAUUGCUUGUUCCAUUUUUUGAUACCCCCUCGAUCAAGUUAGAGAAGAUUGAGAAGGGUGCCAAUAGCAAUGCAGACUUCAUAAUGGCAACCUGGAAGCUCAGAACAUAUCUCAAGCUUCCAUGGAAACCCCUCAUAUCAGUGAAUGGAUGCACAGUUUAUGACUUAGACAGACAACUUAGAGUUGUGAGGCAUGUAGAGAGUUGGGACAUUUCUGCUCUUGAAGCAAUUGGUCAGAUUUUUACUCCUGGCUUUCAAAGAACCAAGAGGAAAUACAUAUGGAAAUGGAGGAAAUGCAUAUGGAAAUUGGGUUGCUGUGCUCUGACAUGAAUCACCGUAUGAACAUUAUAGAAGGUAUGCUUGUCAAGAUGUCCAAACUGCUCUUUUCAUUGCACGGGAAACGUUUUGCAGAAUCUAGUUUCUCUCCGAUGGUUGCUCUUGGCGGAAAUUCUUCUUUAGGCAAUAUCAAUUAUGCACCGAUACUAUUACAACAGGUUCCUUUGCUUAAUCCUUCACUGCAGUCUUGCAAUUUGGAGAUACUGUCACGGAUCGAGUAGGAUGUCUAGCUCGAGCAUAUCCGUUAUUUUCCAAUCGAUGCAACCAUGAUGAUUUGAAGGUGCCAACGAUUUUCAUCAGUGUGAAAGGACCAACACUCCAUCGGUUUGAUCGCUUCAACAGUAAUAGCCGUUUUUCACGUGAGGUCAGUUUACAAUAGAACUUCUGGAAGAAUUCAGUGGUGAACUUCUCGGGCUUCCGAUCGAACAAUUAUGCACGCUUCGCUAAACAGACUUAAGUCAGCAAUUCGUGUGCACCUCCAACCAAACAAUGUGACAGACAUCGGUAAGGGUUGCUCAUGCUGUAGAACGCGAGUUGGAGUUCCUCUCUGCUGGUUGGUAAGGGUUGCUCAUGCUGUAGAACGCGAAUUGGAGUUCCUCUCUGCUGGUUGUAUUCUUGAGCGAGUGGUUGAAGAUGAUGACAAUUCCCAUCAAAAGGACUUCUAUUGAGUUUGGAUCGUCUUCUAAGCAAAAUUUAGCCCAUUCUUAUGUAUUUACCCAUCCUCAACCCCAAUCUUUAUAAGAACAAUUCUUCCUAGUUAGAAAAAAAUCACAAGUCACAACACUUCAUACCAUUCCCAAACACGAUCUCCACACUUCUUAUUUGCAAUGCCACUCUGAGCAUAUAACAAAAGUAGGCUCGUCAAUACUCCCACCGCGAGCAUAUAACAAAAACAGUUGCUUUCCAUGUCGAGUGAGUUGAAGUCGAAUGACUUGGUGUCAUGCAUGAAGGCCUCCACUGCAGGGCCAUCAACCAAAGCUGAACUCAUUCUUCUCUUCUCAACUUCAACGUGGAAGAAGAAAGAUUGCGUGGUUGUGUUAAUUUAUGUAUAUGCAGAGAUUUGAACCUAUUUCUAGCUUAUCAAUCAAUUUUGAUUUGUUUGACUACUA